AUGAGCUAUCUGCUACAGGAUGCUGAUGGACAAAUAGUCGAGCCUCACUCUAUUAGUGCAGGGUUGGACUACCCUGGUGUCGGGCCUGAACAUAGCUUUUUGAAAGACUUGGGACGUGCUGAAUAUCAUAGCAUCACUGAUGAUGAAGCAUUGGAAGCUUUUAAGAGGGUUUCGCGACUCGAAGGCAUCAUUCCAGCUCUGGAGACAUCGCAUGCCUUGGCUUAUCUUGAGAAAGUAUGUCCAACCCUUCCUAACGGAACAAAGGUCGUGGUUAACUUCAGUGGCCGAGGUGAUAAGGAUGUUCAUACUGCUAUCAAGUACCUGAAGGUUUGA